AUGGAGGAAUUUGAGCCGUUCCAUUGGUACAUAAACUACGAGAGCGCGAAGAGGUUUCUGGUGACGCUGCUUUUCUUUGGACUGUCCCUUGUCCUCCUCAUUUUCCUGUUCUUGCGCUUCAUUCGCAUGCACGCUUCCUUUCCCAGCAGCAGCAAUGAUGAUGAUGUUUCAAAUUCAGUAAUCGUGGUCACCCGACAGAACGUUCGACGACGAGAGAUGGGCGUGGUGGCGGCAGGGGCGUCUUCGGAGGUGAUCAAGAGCCUGCCCAUUUUCAUGCACAAUAACAGGUUGUCAAUGUCGGAGAAUACGAGGUUGGUGAGGGUGGGAGGCGAGGACUGUUGCAUAUGCCUGGGGGUUUUCGAGGACGGAGAGAUGAUUAAGGUGAUGCCUCAUUGUCUCCACGAUUUCCACUCUCAUUGCAUUGAUCGAUGGUUGAGUAGUCGCUCUACUUGCCCUGUUUGUAGAUCAUCUAUCCAGGGCCGUAUCUGA